CAGCCUCAACUUUUUUUUCACAACUGUGAUAGCGCAUGUAGCUGCUUUAUCCCAGGUCUGACUACUGCUGUCUAUCAACUCUGAAUGGCAGCUGGAGAGGGCCCAGAUUGAGCCUGCUUUUUUCAUGCAAAUUGUGUUCUCCCACUGAAUUUCAUCAGUUAUUUCCCUAACGCUGCAAGUAUAGGCAUUGUAGAAAUUACAGAUAAGAACUGUUAUUAAAAUAAUUUAGAAUGGUUCUUACGAAAAUUAGAAGAACAUGUUGGGGUUGAUUUGACUGUUUACUGCAAAAAUAUUUUGAGACCCACUAAAGAAACUGUUAAAGGAUUAGUACUAUAUACAAAUCGAAAGUAUUUCAGGGGGAAAAACAGGAUACUGAUUUAUGUGCGAAGAAAACUGGAAGUCUUGGAAGCCUUAAAAAGCCACAUGUAUAUGAAUUCAGCCACUGUAGUUUACAGGAGGAGAGUUAUGUUAGUCUAUGAUCAAAGCAUAAACUUUUAUGAAUUACCCCUCACUUCCUCAGAUGCAUGGGAUGGCUAAACUGACAUAGGAUUUUAACUGGGAUAGCGUGGAAGGUGGAGGGAGAUACAGGGAAUGUGUGAGAUAGAUAACCUUAUCAAUUGCAGUGUGCUAAACAUGUGCAUUAACCCACUCAAGCUUUUUGAGGUUCCCUGAAAUCUUCCCAUAUGUUAAGCUUUGGAGACUUAACAUGUUAUUUUGCUUCUUAUUUUAGCAAGGAAAAUCACACAGCUGGGACUUGGUUUUGCCACCAAUUUAAGCAAUAUGCUUUAGGAGCAGCCGCAAUUUGUCUGAUGGCCACAUGCAAGUUGUGGAUUAUCUAAAUUGUGGAUCCUUACAAUUAUGUUUUAGAACUGGGCUGCAUUUAAUUUGAUGAGGAGGGAGUUGAGAGAAGGGAAAAAUGCAAUGAAAUGUUUGAAAUUCUUCAUCUGGCUUUGAUAGCAAAUGCAGAAGAAAGUGUUGCGGACUCACGUCACUAAACCACAGAAAUGAAAUUCGUAGUAGUUCUGAGUGGGUUUCUUUCUGCCCCUUUCAACUCUGAAAAUAUGAACUGUUGGCCAGUCAUUUAAUAUCCACCCCUGGAGAUUCUUGGGUCUGAAAAAAUCAAACACGCUGGCCUACCUCUUUACCAGUGGUGGCUAGAAAUAACAUCUGCUUAUGAAAGAGGGAGAUAAAACCACACGGCCCAGCCUUGCCAUGUUAAGCCUGCGGUUCGCCAAAGACGGCGGAGCCCUUACCAAUCACAGCAUACCCCAGUCAACUGCUCUAUUUCUGGGCUGAGGGUAGUUGCAGAGAACAGGUUGCCCUGUAAUUAUCAUUCUGUUUAGCAAACAGCCAAGCUGGUCGUUUGCAACUGCCUGAUGCUUAAUUCCCCAUGGAGAAAAAGCAUCCAUCAAGCCACCUCCCCCUUUAGAUGUAGCUGAGCCCUUGGAGAAGCUGUCUCUUCUGUGCGUGCAUGCUUGGCCCCUUCAGACCCGAGCCAUGUCGAUCGCACAUACGGCUGGCAAGUACAUGCUCUCUGAUGCGCUGCUUCCAGACCCAAACCAGUCCAGAGCAAAAGGGCUUUACCUGGAGCUGCCAUGCGAUCGCAUCAUGAAGUUUGUCACAGUGGGGCUGCCGCUCUUCUUGGUGUCUCUCAUGUUUGCACAGGAAUUUUCCACCGGAUCCCAGAUCAGCUGCUUCUCUCCUAGCAACUUCACAGCUGAACAGUCUCAUUUUGUUGAUGCCGUUUGUUGGGACUCUUUGCUUCGCUACGAUUCUGAACCUGCAGGAGACGCUACAUCCAAUUCCCUCUGGGUCUUCAAGGUCUUCCCCUAUUCUUUGCUGGUCAUUGCAGUUGCCAUGUACCUGCCUUAUCUGCUGUGGAAAUACGCAGCCGCCCCCUCACUCAACUGCGAUCUGUUCUUCAUCAUCGAUGAACUAGAUAAAUCCUAUAACCGCUCCAUCCGCUUGGUGCAAUACAUGGUGAAACUCCAGCAAUCGGAAGAAGAUCCAGAGGAUUUUUGGGAGGAGCUUGACCUGGCUCGCAGUGAGAGAUACUUUGAGUUCCCUCUCCUGGAGAGGUACCUGACUUGCAAGCAACGUUCCCACUACUUGAUCAUCAUUUAUGUAUUGAGGAACCUCUUCCUCCUCUUUCUUCUGGCUGUCAGCUGCCUCUACUUGGGAUACUGUCACCCGCAGGUCUUUUUUCACGACAAAUUCAGAUGUUCAAUCAAGGCAGGGCUCCUGGGAGAAGACUCUGAUGUUCCAGAUUGGAUUCCUUGCAAGCUGGUUUUCUUCUCCGUUUUCCAAGUUACCAGCAUCUGUCUUGGCUCUGUAUACAUCCUUGUGGGCCCAGUGGUCCUCUACCACCUGCUUCAGCUGUGUCAGUGGGACAAGCGGCUUCUGUCCAUUUAUGAAAUGCUGCCGGCAUUUGAUCUCCUGAGCAAGAAAAUGCUGACUUGCCCCUUCAAUGAUCUCAAUAUCAUCUUGCUCUUCCUGCGAGCCAACAUCUCGGAGGUCAAAUCUUUCAGUAGACUGAGCGUACUGAGUACUCUCAAGGAUAUUUCACCCAACAAAGAAAGCAUAGACACAGUUGUAGAUUUUAUGACUCUUCUUGCAGGCCUGCAGCUAGCAAAGCCAAAGCAUAAUUCCAGUGCCAACGAGAAUUUGUUCCAUCGUGAGAAUGAAGUUGAAAUGAAACCUGCUUUGGAAGCCAAGGAAAAGUGAUUCAGGAAUGGAGUCGAUACUGCACCAAAUAAAAAAAUUCGAACUGGUGAAGAGCACUGAACGCAAAAAAGGACUUUUCCCUAUGUGUACUUGGGUCAUCUUUAUUCUUUCUUUUGUUGGACCACUGUCCAUUAAUACUUUUGUUUUCUGCUAUUACGUCCAUCGAUUUCACCCUUAUAAUAAAUAUAAAUGCACCAGUUUUGUAACUGACCCCUAACUUCUGCAUUGUUUUAUAGUCUUAUAAAGCUAUAUUGAUAUUUCCUUUAUGGUAACUUCAGCACUUCUGGCCCUACAAAUCUCUGCCGCUUUCCUUAAGCUUUGAUCGGAUACUUUUAAGAUCUUCAUUUUAAAAGUGGACUUUUGUUACCUCACAUUUUCUACUCGGAAGUCACUAAGCAGUUUAUAUAUAUAAAAAUAAACCUCAUGCAUUUUUAAAAGAGCGUGUGCACAAAAUCCAUGGAGGGGACAGUUUGAAAUACAUCUUAAUUGCUUUACACAAUAAAGUGAAGCUUAAAAGCUAGAUGAAAUUGAUAAGCUGGACCACCUUUCCAACGUUAAAAAAAAAUCUGGAUAAUUGAUUUUAAAUAUUAUUCUUUAAACUUGGCACUAUCAUCAUAAAGACCAGUGAGUAGGUUCACAGGUCUUUAUUCAUUGUUUAUUGCAUAAAACUAAAAAUAGCUAGGUAUGCUCCCCUUUUAAAUAAUGGUUAGUGUUAAAAACAUGCUGAGUCAAAGCUGAACUUUGAUGAUUUAAGUAUUUGACUUGUCAGAGCUGAGCAACAGGCUCAAAAAGAAGCAAAGUAUUCAGAGGAAAUGCUCUGGUUUUAAAUAAUUUAUGGUUUUAAUUAAAUAUUAAGGGCUGUGGAUUUGGGGGAGUCUGUAAUUGGUGCCUUCAAGUCAGACUUGAAUCUUGCAGAGACUUCUUCCUGAAAAUGUUUUUUUUUUGCCCCGUUUUUUGGAAGUGAUUUCCUCUUUGUCUUCUUCCCAGGUCUCACCAAGAGAGACUGGUCCAAAGUCCCCCCCCCCCAGCUGGCAUUGUUUAUUUAUUUAUUUAUGAGACUUAUAUACCGCUUUAAGUGCAAGCA